UGCACUUGACAGAUAGGUUUGAUUGCUUGUUGGUCUAAACUGCACCUGUAUGGUCCACAGUCAAAACCCAAAACAGCGGAAUUGCACUAUCGUCGGGGAUUUGGCUAACGUCCCUUAUAAACGUUUCUACAUUGCUACCCUGAUGAUUAUUGAAGGUGCAGGAUGGCAUCGAUGGCAACUUUGGCCUCCACCCCAAGCGCGGGUACUUCCCGUUUGGCCGAGUCGUACAUGUACACGUGGCCGCCUUGAUCUUGCACGAUAAGAUACAUUUCAUGGGUUUCGCCUUGGGGGGCGUCAUCUCUUGUUCCGUCCGCGGUGGCGGUGAUGGCCGUGUCGUCUCCUGUGGGUUGAUGUUGAUGGAGGACGGGGAGAGUCAACCCACUACCCGAUCCACCAGUGCUCGGUCGGUGGCUGUUGCUCCCCGCUUUCUUGGCGACUUUGGCCGACGACAAGCGCCGCACCACCGACGGCUCUUCGGGCAACCCGAACCGCACCAAGUGGCUGAGAAGAAACCAUUGGAUCGUGCACACCGUCCUCGCUUGGAUGGUCACGGUGGAGCUGUACUUGCUGUCUAGAAUCGUAACGUCCUUGAGCUCGCACAGAAUGGACGUUGAGUUGAACAUGAACUGGCGCGUGAGUGAGUUGCGACCCAGGAGUCGCCACCACUGUCGGUUCACGACGUGGUCCAGUGUGAGCACCGCCACGAGGUUGGCUACCAUGAGAAACAGCACCGACGGCAGCCCGCGAAGGUACCAACUGCUUUCGAACUCGACAAACAGCGUGUCCAAGUCCUCGGUGGUGGACGUGACGUCCAUUCUCACAGAGUUUCCAUGUUCGAUGAAUGGCGUGCGCAUCGCAAGGGCGAUCACUGUCAAGUAGAUCCACCCCGUGGAGCUGAAGGUGAGCCACCCCAUGAUAAAGUUGGACCCGUUGUACCGCGACGACGCCACGACGUUGCACAGCCACUUGAGCAACUUCAAAAUGCCCAAGUUGAGCCAUAACCACCGAAAUGCCAGCGCCAGCAGCCGCAGCUCCAUCCAUCCUUCAUACGCCGCGGCCGUAUACCACCUCCACACCACGCGCGCGUACACCAUGGCUACGUCUUCGUCGAGCAAGAUUGCCACGGAGUACAACAUCACAAACACGUCGCUGUUGAAGCAA